AUGAAAUUCAGCAAGAAGCUGCAGGAGCGGGCGCACCCCAAGUACAGGGAGCACUACAUCGCCUACAAGGAACUGAAGAAGGCCAUCCGGUUGAUAACAGGGAAAGACACGUCCACGUUCACCAUAAAGGAAGUGACGAGCAACUUCGGCAGCACGCGCGCGCUGAGCGGAGCGGAGUACCAGUCGGCCGAGUCCCGGUUCCAGAGCAUCCUGAAUGAAGAGCUGCAGAAGAUCAACCAGUUCACGCGGGGGGUGAUAGCGGAGUGGUACGGCGACGCGAGGGGGUGCCUGGACAGGCUAGACAGGGUGGAGGAGCAGCACGGGGUGGGAAAGCAGCACGAGGCGGAAGAGCCGCCCCCCCCGGAGCUGCCCCAAAUUGGGGAGAAGCUGAAGGAGCUGGGACAAACGCUGCAAUUUCUGGAGAGCUACCGAAUAGUUAAUUUCAGAGGGUUCACCAAGAUUACCAAAAAAUUUGAUAAGCACAAUGAGGAGGUUGUGAGUUCCUCCUUCUACAUCAGCGUGGUGCUCAGAAGCUUCUUCAUGAGCUACGAUGUGAAUCUGCUGGUGUGCAUCUUAUCUCUUUGCUAUAAGCGCUAUCGGGGGGUUAGAAGUUUGGCACUUGAGGAGGAGCUCUCCACGGGGGGGUCGACUCUCCAUCGGUUAGCGGCCACGGAGAAGAGCCUUCCUCAGGGGGAAACCCCUUCAAGGGAAACCCACCCCAAAGGGACGAGCACACCCAACUUGGAGGGGAAAGCCCCAAAGGGGUCACCCCCAAGGGGAGAACCACACGCUAGCCCCUCUCCCACCUCUCCCAACGAACGCGCGCAACCCCCAGUCGAGGGGGAAAACCCAAAAAAGGCCUCCAAUCACACCAAGUAUAUAGUAAAGGCCCAAGACCUCAUGAGUGCCAAAAUAGAAAUCAGCAAAUACUACUCCUUCCACUGGUACCAUUUGAAGGAAGACGAGUUGAUGCCUCCUCUGGAAAAGUUCUUAGAAUUAAUCUCAGCUUCAAAAAUACAGAACGAUCUCACAACCAUCUACUUUGACGACUGUACACUCAGCAGGUACCACUCAUGUGUCAACCGGAGUAGCCACCACGGGAGGAGUAGCCACUCGGUUAGGUUGCGAUGCUAUAGCUACGUAGAUGCACAGAAGGAGUGCACCAAAACGGUCUUCCAGCAUUUUAAUGUAUAUGAACCCAGCUGUGACCCUAAUGAGAAAUACAUUUUCGCUAAAGAAGUCCCCCAGGAGGACCUCAAAAUAACUUGCGUCGACGAUUUGUAUGGUGUGAAGAAGAAGAGAGGCUCCUCCAGUGGGUCCCAUUCCACGCAGGGUGCGGACUCUACACAUGUGCAGCACUACCAGAAGUGCAUCCGAGAGAUUGAGAGGCACAAACUAAGCAGCUGCCUCAAAAGCAGGUGGAACAGAAUCCACUUCGGCGACGACAAUGUGAGUGGCUAUAUCGAUGAGAAUAUAUGCUACUGGGUGCACACAGAUAAGGGGGCCAUUCACGGGUGUGAGGAGGUCGACUCGGUGGAAGGGGACCACAGUGAUUUGGACCAACUGGAGGAAGCAGAGCGGAUUGGCAGCCCCCCAAGUGGGGGGAACCUCAAAACGCGCAGCGACGAAGAAGGAACCGCCAUUACCAAGGGGAGGAGAAAGUACGCCUACUUCGACUACGCAGUGAUUGACAUCAGCGUAAAGGACCCCUCCAGCGGGGACUUCUCCGUGCAGCUGAGCAACCUAGGGGUUGCUAAAGAAAUAUGGGGGUUCUCUCCCUACGUGCAAGGCAUCUCUAUGCUGUACCCCCACCGCAUCUCGACAGCCCCCCACUGGCGCAUCUUCACGCACCCCGAGUGGGCAAAGGGGAGGAAGAAGCGGGUGAGGAAGAUGCAGAAGGGGGAGAUAGUCGUGGGGGGGGGAAGAAGCAAAGGCGGGGCACUGCAAAAGCAGAAUGAAAAACACAAGGGGGAAACCCCCCAAGGCAGAAACAGCAACCAGUCAGCUUUCCCCCAAGAGGACGUCGACUCAGACCUCAGCUCCAGCGAAAACACAACCGAGUACCCCGAACGGAGGGAGAAUCCCCGCAGUGGGAAGAAGGACGAGCGGAAAAAGGGAAUCACCUACACGGGUGCAUCUGCAAGAAUUGCCCACGAGAGCGAAGUGAUGUUUAGAAACGAAGUCGAAAGGAAUAAACCCGCAUCUGCUCGACACAUCAAUCUGCACAUCGACAGCGCAGGCAGUGGGGACUACCGCAACAACGGGGGCAGUUACAUUCGAGGGGCACGCAGUGGAGACAGUAGCAGCAACUGGAAGAGGUCCCACCAAAGGGAGAAACAACUCACCAUAGGGCAAACCCGUGUAGGACAAUCUCUCGUAGGGCAAACCCGCGUAGGGCAAACCCGCGUAGGGCAAACCCUCCUAGGAGAUAACAACCUGUAUGAACCGCUGCUAGACCCCCUGGAGGAGACAACCCCCUCGAAGGGUAAGAAAUCCCCAUCCUGUAGAAUCACCUCCUUUUUUAAAAAAAUAUUUUUUUGUGAAAACAAAAUUGUAGAAAGGAAGAGACCCAAAACUGCAGUCGUGAGAGUAGAACCCAAGACGUUCUUUGCCAACGAGAGGACCCUCCUGCAGUGGCUGAACACGAGUGUCCUCCUGUCAACCAUCUCCAUCACCCUUUUGAACUUUUCUAAUUCGUAUGGAUUCGCCUCUGGAGUGAUCAUGGCCCCCGUGGCCAUCUUCUUUAUCCUUUACUCCUUCCACAUUUACCUGAAGAGGGCAGAGGCGCUCAUCAACAAGGAGCCCAUCAACUACACGGACAAGGUGGGCCCCGGGGUGCUCGUCAUCACCCUCACCUUCGCCCUCUCCACCGUCGUCCUGCUCAACAUUUACAGCCGCUUGAAGGGCGAGGUGUAA